CUAAACCUCAGUCGAGCAACAAUCCCAAUAUCAGCGUCCUUUGCGCUACAGAACAUUGUACAAGCAUUCAGCGUUGUCACUGCAGGGAGUCUUGGACCAUCACAGCUCGACAUCGCUUCGUAUGGUUUUAUGUUUGCGACAUGCACCGGUAGUAUGAUCGCCAUUGGAGGAGCUACGGCUCUCGACACAUUGUGCGGCCAAGCGCUCACCUCGGUCAAGGCGCAGAACGACCCGACGAUAUUGGGUCAUCACUUGCAGCAAAGUUUGUUCGUUCUCAGUUUCAUCUUUAUUACUCUCAUCACACCGCUAUGGAUCAUUUCCGGUCGGAUAUUUCUGCUUCUCGGCCAAGAGCCCGGGCUCGCACUGGGAGUUGGCAGAUUUCUAGUCCUCAUGCUACCAGCUGGAUAUUUACAAAUGGUGGCAGAGACAUUGAAGAAGUUCAGUCAGGUCCAAGGCGAUAGCUAUGCUGUAGGAUGGAUAACAGGGGUGGCCGCUGCAGUUGGAGUUCUGUCCAAUGUGUUGCUUGUCAGGCUGUCCCCUCUCGCUGGCGACGGUACUGCAGCAUCAUUCUUCAUUUACCAAUUCUGCACGGUGUUGCUUCUUUCCGUGUUAAUUGUGCACCAGCAAACGAAGAAGAAGACGAUCAGGCUCAUUUCCAAUGGGGCAGAGUUAUUUACCGGGCUGUUUACGAACCUUGGCCUCGCAACAACGGGUAUACUGACCAUUGCGACUGAGUGGUGGAGUUUUGAAAUAUUGGCCAUCAUGGCUGCCCGGCUAACGCCGAACGAGAUCAGCGCACAAAGCAUUCUCAUGUCUGCCGACCUCAUCUUUACCACAAUGUCGCUGGGCCUCGGUGUUGCGGCAAGUCAUCGUGUCGGCAGUCUUCUCGGCGCGAACGAGCCCUUUAUCGCCCGUCAAGCAGCCCUGGCACCCUAUCUUGUCGCCGUUGUCCUAGGCGUCAUUGAAUUUGCAGUCAUUCUCGCAUUCCGCUCCCAAUUCGGCCGCGUUUUCACUUCCGACCCAGAUGUCGUGGCCUCCACAUCCAAAGUGCUGCCAUACAUGGCCGCCUUUCAGCUUCUGGAUUUGUCCAACGGCGGGGCUGGUGGGAUACUGCGAGGAGCUCGCCGUAAUCAUUUGUCUGGAAUGUGUAAUUUCUUUGCUUAUUAUGGUGUUGGAUUAACCACGGCGUGGGUGUGGUGCUUCCGCUCCGGGCUCGGCCUCGUGGGCUUAUGGGCGGGC